ACAAAGAGGACCAAACUGCAAGGCAGUGAAGGCAAUCUCAAAACCCUGCACUGGACAAGUAAGCAAGGGUCAAAUUUUAUGAGGGUAAUUCGGGCAUAGAAAAAAGUUUACCUUCAGCAGAGCAGCAGCUGGUCCUGAAUUUGAAAGCAGGGGAGGAAAGGGAAGAGUGGCUGGACAGCAAAAAGGCGCAAGUGACUGGAAUGAUAAGAUGAGAAGGCAUGUGCUCCUGAAGCUUUCCCCUAAUAAGGCCCUUCUGGGACUAGUGCUUGUGUUGUUGCUGAGGCUGCAUGUCCUAGCCGUGUGUCCCUCCAUGUGCUCCUGCAGCCGCAGCCACAGGGAGGUGGACUGCUCCUGGAGGGGUCUCAGACAGUUCCCUGAAGGCCUGCAGUACAAUAUGCGUGUCCUCAACCUGUCCCACAACCAGUUGCACAACCUGGAUGGUAGGCUCACAGCAUACACCCAUCUCCGUGUGCUCGAUUUGUCUCACAACCGGCUGACCCGCCUACCUGCUGGCUUGCCUCGUUCGCUCUGGCAGCUCUACACCACUUCAAACCACAUCCAGCUGCUGGACAAGAAUGAUACGGUCUACCAGUGGAAUCUGCGAAUGCUUGAUCUCUCAAACAACAAACUGGAGCGGGCUAUGUUCAUCAACAAUACACUGAUUAAUCUGUGUACACUAAACUUAAGCCACAACCACUUCUGGACUUUGCCCACCAACAUGCCUAUACACCUGGAGGCUAUUGAUCUGUCCCACAACUUGCUUGUGAACGUGCUUCCAGGCUCUCUGGACCGGCUUCCCAGGCUAACUCACUUAUAUCUGCAUGCUAACCGCUUUCACACAAUGCCUUUUGGAGUGCUAGACAAACUGACAUCACUUAAACUCAUCACUCUAGGUAACAACCCUUGGGCCUGUCACCUUUAUGCAGACAUCGCAUACUUGUUGUCAUGGACUCAGAGUACCCCUGUCCAUGUCCUAGGCUGCCCCUGCCACACCCAGCCUGUCUGUGGAGGGGUGCGCCCUGGCAGCACUGGAGGGUGGCACUUUGCCUCCUACAACCUGCCCCCUCUGGCAGCCAGUGCCCAGGACCUGAACUCCAUGUCCCAUGAAACUGGUGUCACUGGGUGGUGGUACAUGUCUGUUUCUGCUUUCCUAAGCUCCCCAAACCCCCACAAAGAGACUCUGAACACACAGCACCAACCUUUCACAGACACCCCCAUCAGCAUCUCCACCCUGCCACCCAGACACACAGGAAUGCACCUAACCAUUAAUCACCUUUCUGCAACCACUGGCCCAGCUGCCAGCGAUCACAUACUCCACACUGAUUCCCAUCUCCUCUCCGGCACAACGGAGGCCCCAUCCACUGAUUCACUCCACACCACAGAUCCAUCCAUUACCAAAACGCCUGUCAGUGCUGCCAUGACGCUGCCCACAGACUUCUUCUUUACAACAGAGAGCCCCUCCAUCCAAACAAAGAAAACAGCAACACUUCGCACCAGGAGUGUGAGAAGGCAAAAUCAGUCCCGUCCUAGCGGCAUCGGCAACAGCAACUCGGCUCUUGCUACUUGCUCCUUGCUCCCUUUCCUAAUCAGCCUGGGGCUUCUGUAUCUCAUUCUGCAACAAGGUCUCUGAAAGACAAAUGAAAAUCAAUGAGCUCAGUGUUAAAUCUGCAUAUCCACUUACAGCACACACAGGUCUGUUGACUGUAGCACUGUUAGGUUUGUUACCACUUUUC